AUGUUCCCUCAGCGUAACGCCCUUCGUCUGUCCCAGCGCGCUGCCCAGCAGCUGCGUGCUGCUCCGGUCCGCUCCACCGUCCAGCGCCGUCUCAACAGCUCCGACUCCAAGCUUCCCUCUUGGGCCGCCGACAACGCAUUCAACCGCGAGAGAGAGGCCGUUAAGCACCAUGCUGCUGCUACCAGUGACCUGUGGCGCAAGCUCUCCAUCUACGCCGUCAUUCCUAUCCUGAUUGCCGGAGGAAUCAACUCUUACAACCUCUGGAACGAGCACUGGGAGCACUGGGCGCACAUGCCCCCGCUCGAGGAGCGUACUGAGUACCCCUACCAGAACAUCCGUGUGAAGAACUUCCCCUGGGGAGACGGUGACAAGACCAUCUUCUGGAACUCCGACGUCAACUACCACAACAAGGACAAGGCUACCUAA